UCUUGGCCUAACGAAGGCGGGAUACUUUCUUGACGCCGCCGCGCGCGCGAGGCGAUCGAUCGCGCGCUCUCUCCUCCACGAUAUUUCCUAGCUGCGCUGAUUGAUCGAUCAAUCGAUCGCCUGGAUCCGCCGCCGUGCGUAAGACGCAGGGAAGUGGCAGUGCGCGCAAUGUCUUCGUGGCGUUCUUCCUCCUCCUCGGCGCUCGUUGUGCUUCUAUCCGCGCUGCUGUUCCUCGCCUCCCAGGAUCGCGCGGAGGCGGUCCAGUUCGUGGUAGGGGGCAGCGCUGGCUGGACCUUGCCCUCGUUCGGCCAUGUCAAUUACACACAGUGGACGCUCGGCAACAGAUACCAUCUCGGCGACACUCUCGUGUUCAACUACUCCAAGGAUUUCCACAACGUGCUGGCGGUGAGCAAGGCGGAUUUCAUCGCUUGCAGCACCGCCAAUCCGAUCGCCACAUUCCAGGACGGGCACACCAUCAUCAAUCUGGACACCACGGGCCCGCAUUUCUAUGUUUGUGGAGUGCCGGGCCACUGCGGCCAGGGCCAGAAGCUCCUGGUGGUGGUACGGAAGCCGCCGGUCGGCCGCCACCAUGGCCCAGCCCCGUCGCCGCUACCGGGCGCCCUCCCUGCCGUACGAAACCCGGGCAAUGGACCGGCCGAGGGGCCUAUGAGCGCCGCCAGCGCCGUACCGUGGCCAUGGGCCACGGCCGUGCUCGCGGUCGCGGCGGUGCUGGCGUUAUGAGGGGCGCCGCAUUUCCGGUUCUUGGCGGGAUUUUUUGUUCUCUUUUGUUGCCACCACCCCACGCCCGUUCUAAUUUAAAGCUCUAUCGUUUUCUUU